AUGUGUAGCCAUGGUCGCACCAUCCACCUCUCAUUCCGCCCCACCUCUCAAUCCCCCCCACCACUCAUUUCCCCCCACCUCUCAUCUACCCCUUUCCUCUCCUCUCUCGCUCCCAGCCGGGGCGAGGGCAUCCUGGCAGCAUCGCUGGCAGGCCCCAACUUCUACCCCUCGGCUGCCUCUCAUUCCCACCCUUCCUCUCAUCCCCCCAACUCUCGUCUCCCCCCCACUCCCUCCUCUCUUGCUCCCAGCUGGGGCGAGGGCAUCCUAGCAGCAUCGCUGGCAGGCCCGAACUUCUACCCCUCGGCUGCCUACGCACGUAUCAACGGCAACACUGAUGUGGGCAGGAUCGUCGUCGCGGGCCCGGGGAAAGCGCCUCUCGACGACUACCUCACGUACCGCUUCAACAUCCCUGUGCUGCUGUAUGGGGACUUCAUGUCGGCCACAAUAGAUGAGGACGGCAACGUGUGGGCGGCGGUGGAGUAUGUGGGCGGCGUGGAGCGGACGGACUAUAGCGACUAG